GAGAGAGUCGCGAUGAGAUUUAAAAUUAGCACUGUCCGGAAUUUUGCUGGCCUAUUUCAAUUCCAUCGCAAACGGCAGAUUUGAGCAGAUAUAUCCUAAUUUAAUACGAUUAUCGGCGAAAGAUAAAUCUAUCAGCGAUGUUUUGAUAGAAAACACACUUCCCUUCGACGGUGUUUAGUGAUGUGACAUGUGGAUAGUCAUUUCGUGAGUGCAAGUGUCUCAGAAAGAAGUGUAAAUUAGUGCAGAGACAAAAGAAGAAAAGUAAAAUAAAAUGCGAAGAUAUUUACUGUUGACCACAUUAUUGUUAUGGAAGCAAGAUCCUGUAAACAGUGUACGCAUCCUAGAACUACGCGUACCUACCCACGUUGCAGAAGAAGGUGAAGCGAUAUUAGGGUGCCAGUAUGACAUGGAAGGCGAUGUACUGUAUUCAGUCAAGUGGUAUAAAGAUGGAAGGGAAUUCUACCGCUACAUACCAAACAGUAAACACCCCAUCAGUCACUUUGCUACACCAGGAGUUAUGGUUGAUGUCAGGCGAUCAUCAAACACGGUGGUGACAUUGAUUCAUUUAAGUCGCGACUCCUCCGGCCUUUACCGUUGCGAAGUGUCCGGUGAAGCGCCACACUUCGCCACGGUCUAUGAUGAGAAAUACAUCACAGUACACUUGCUCCCAGAAAGAGGACCUCAGCUGACAGGAUUACAAGAAAAAUACAAUAUAGGAGACCGGGUUAGAGCCAACUGCACAUCACCAGGUUCACGGCCUGAGGCUCAAAUAAAAUGGCUCAUUAAUAAUAGAGUGGCACCAAAAAAUCAUGUCCGGGGCCCCUGGUACAGAACAUCGUUACGACCCGACGCAAUCGAAACGAUAUUAGAACUUAACUUUGUCGUGGGUUCAAAUCACUUUAGACUAAAUACUAUGGAUCUGAAAUGCCAAGCAACGAUAGCUCCAUUAUACCAGCAGGAGACAGAACACAGGGUGUUGCGGUAUGAAAUCCCUGAGUUUAAUUCAGAUACAGAGGAACCAAACCUAAAAGAACAGCCAACCCCAACUUUUCCCGAUUUCGGCGACACAAGCCAUUUGCAAUUCGAUGAUGAUGAAGAUCAAGCGGCGACUGCAUCACAAUUAAACUUUCACAUAUUAUUAUUAUUAAUUACCUAUCUACAGCUGACUACGUGAUGGCAUUUUCUCAAAUUAAUGCUCCAAGCCUGCCCAAAGCAUUAUAUGCAUUUCCUUUACUAUUAGUUAUACUAUUAAUAUAUAAUUUAAGUAAAGAUAGCACUACCAGUCAUUUCUACAACAUUUUAUAGAAAUUACUUUUAAAAUAUACUCAGAAAGUUUUACGCAAUUAAUAAAAAUAUUAUAGUUUAGGUUUUUUUUUAAUAAAUCCUUUCAUAGAACUCUUCAGCAGUAUCUGUACAAAGUUUUAAACUGAAACCCCUAGGGAUCAAAAUCUUUCCUGCACUUCUCGAGCGCUUCACUUAAGUACCUAAGCAUUGGAUAAUUUUGAAACAGACAAACUGUUGACUGACGCUUCAUUUCCGAAUCAUUUUGAUAAAUCCAAGAUUCAUUCCGUUUCGUUUCGUUACAACCGUCAAAGGGCGAACACUUCUUUCUUCAUCUCUCAAAGUUAGUUAACGGUGCUAAAAUUUGUGAUGCUUUAGAAGGACCUUUAUUCAUAAAUGCCAUUUGAAGGCUAUCAAACAGUUGUCCUGUCUUAGGCGGCAUUUGAAAUCCAAUUCAUUUUUAAUGAAACGCAAUAUUUCAAUUUAGCGCGUAAAAAAUAUGAAGUGAAGCUUGCAAUCCGAACAUUUGAAUUUUUAUAUGCAAGUAAUAUUAUUUUAAACAAAAAUUAUAAAUGGCUAGUGUCUCAUAUAAAUAAAUAAAAUUUUUGGGCAAAACUUUCUGCGUGAUCUGUCGUAUCUCUAUUACGCGUAAUAAUAACAUACAAAAGAAGAAUAAUUAGAUAUUAUUGCUGACCUGAGUUGAGAAAAAUGGAACGAGUGUCGUGUCUUCAGAGGCAGUCAAUACAGUUGAUAAGGUGGUAGGGCUCCAUGGCUGCUUAGGAGCACAGAAACAGUCUUAUCGUCCAUCCGUGUAGAGUUAUGUAUCACCCUCUUACAUUUUUCUUAGUUUGAUCAACCUGUACAUUACAUAUCAGUGUAGUAAGAGGUGUUGAAGUCUCAUAGUAAUUUAUACUAUCCUGGUACUCUUGAUGUUAAGUU